CGCGCUGACAAGGUAAAUUUCGUGCGACCCGAGUAGCGUAAAAACUUGUGGAAAACCGUGCUUUAAUUGCGUGUUUUAACAAAGUUCUGGCUCGGUGUACAAUUUCAAGAACCUUCACGAGUUUACGAGUGUCCCGCGAGGCGAAGCAAUCAUAAUGUCCAGCAGUGGAGGAAGCAGCGAUCAGCUGAAACAGUUCUCACAGAUAACCGGUGCCUCCGAGGAGCGGGCCAAAUUUUAUUUGGAUGCCGCAAACGGCGAGCUGCAGGCAGCGCUGUCCAACUUUUACGAGGGCGAGAUCGAGGAAGCGGACAUAUCGGACGAGGAGAAUCCGCCAGCCGAUCCGGGCUCGAUUCAAUUUUCACGGGCAGAACCGAAGGCAAAGACGAAGAAGCCACCAAAGUCACAAUCGAACAUUGCCACACUGCGAACGCUGAACUCUUCUUCGUCGGAGGAUGAGGAAGAGCAGGGGCAAGCUUUCUACGCCGGCGGAUCGGAACGUUCGGGGCAGCAGGUGCUGGGCCCACCGCGUAAAAAUCCGAUCAAAGAUUACGUGUCGGAAAUAUUCCGCUCCGCUCAGCAGGGCCACCUGGAGACGAUGGACAUGUCGGAGGAAAGUGGCGGUUCCAGUUCGUCUCUGUACGCCGGUACGGGCUAUCGGCUUGGCCAGACGGAGGACGAUCACCAGGAGAUUCCGUCGCGCAGCACCCGUGGCUCACGGUCGGAGCAUCAGCACGAGAUAGUAACGCUCACGCUCUGGCGCCAGGGUUUCGUCAUCAACGAUGGCGAGCUGCGUCGCUACGAAGAUCCGGCUAAUAAGGAAUUUUUCGAAUCCAUUACCCGGGGCGAGAUUCCGGAAGAGCUGCGCUCCAAGGGCCCUACGAUGAUUCGCGUUGAUCUGAAGGAUAACCGGCACGAGGAGUACGUCAAGCGGAGUGUGCCCUUCAAGGCGUUCGGUGGCUCUGGCCAAACGUUGGGAAGUCCCGUUCCAGCGAUGGCGUCAGGUAGCACCGCAAGUACCAGCAGCAGUAGCAGCAGCGGCACCGGCAGUACCAGUGGCGGUAAUAAUGGGGAAAAUGAAAAACGCGCGACCGAGCAGUUGGCGGUGGACAGUAGCCAGCCAACGACGGGGCUGCAGAUUCGUUUGGCCGAUGGAAGCCGUCUGUCGGCUCGGUUCAACCAUACGCACACGAUCAACGAUGUACGCCGGUUCAUUACCACCGCUCGGCCCCAGUACGCGGCACAAGGCUUUGCCCUGCUGACCACGUUCCCGAGCAAGGAGCUGACCGAUGACGCUCAAACAAUAAAGGAUGCCGGCCUACUGAAUGCUGCCAUCAUGCAGCGACUGAAAUAGGACGGGCAGAGCACGGAUGGAAUGCGAAGCAAGCGGUGGUCGCGAUGUGUGAUGUUAGUUUUCACGAUUCGUUUUAGGUCAACGGCAAAAUUGGGAUACGCUUAGAUUUACACAGGAUUGUGAUCCGCGAUGGUGGCGAACCCCAACUUUUCCUCGACGCGUUACGUGAAGGGGCUAGGGAAAGAUGCGAGUCCAAGGUAGGAGAUUGCGAAGAGAGCGAGAGAGCCGAUAGCCGAUUUUGCGGCUUCAUGAAAUACAUGCAAUGAUCAUAAUCGAAGUAAGCAAAAUUUAGAACGUACUUGUUGGUGGUGCUCGUCGAUUAAGCAUAUCCUGUAACUGUUCAAUAACUUUCCUUCUUUCAUUUCGGUACCUUA